CUUGAAGAUUAGAUUGUUGGAAAAUAAAUCUGUCAUAUCUUGGUUUGGCUUCACCUACAUUUAUUUCUCACAAUCUCACCAAACUCAAAAUUUUAUCACUUUUCAAAAAUUAAAUAAAUAUACUGAUAUAUUCUCCAUUUCCCACUUCAUUCAGCUCUCUAUAUAUAGACACUCAUAUAGAUGCACAUAGCAUAGUCUAGUAGCUGAUCAAAUACUUGGUCUCUUCCUCUUUAACUCUAUACUAAACAUAUUUCGCUUCUCUUUAAUGGGGGAAGAAAAGCUUUACACACAAGAUGGCUCCGCGGAUCUUCAAGGACGUCCUGUUCUGAGCUCUGGCACCGGAAAAUGGAAAGCUUGCUCUUAUCUAGUCGGUUAUGAAGCAUUUGAGAGGAUGGCAUUCUACGGAAUAUCUUCAAAUUUGGUUGUUUACUUGACUACCCAACUCCAUGAAGAUACUGUUUCAUCAGUGAGGAAUGUGAAUAACUGGUCAGGCUCUGUAUGGAUUACACCGAUCAUCGGUGCCUACAUCGCUGAUUCUUAUCUCGGUCGGUUCUGGACGUUUACUGUUUCGUCUCUCAUUUACAUACUGGGUAUGGUGCUGCUGACAAUGGCUGUCUCUCUUAAAUCACUGAAACCACCGACUUGCAGCAGCAACAUAAAAGGAGCCCUGUGCAGCAAAGCAACAACAUCACAAAUAGCUUUCUUCUAUUCAGCACUCUACAUCAUAGCUGUUGGAGCUGGUGGGACCAAACCAAAUAUAUCAACAUUUGGUGCUGACCAGUUUGAUGAUUUCAAUCCACAUGAGAAGCAACUCAAAGUAUCAUUCUUCAACUGGUGGAUGUUUAGUUCCUUCUUGGGUGCUUUAUUUGCAACACUAGGACUUGUCUAUAUACAGGAGAAUCUAGGUUGGGGUUUAGGGUAUGGUAUCCCUACUGUGGGUCUUCUUGUAUCACUUGUCAUUUUCUAUUUUGGGACACCUAAAUACAGGCACAAAGCUAGGAACACUAAAAGUCCUGCUAGGGACUUGGUUUAUGUCCCAAUGGCUGCUUUCGCUAACCGGAAACUUCAACUUCCUAGCAACCCUUUGGAACUGUUUGAGCUUCACCCACAAGAUUAUAUCAUCACUCGCAGACGCCGUGUCUUUCACACUUCGGCUUUCAGGUUUUUGGACAAGGCUGCAAUAAAAGAUGAUGGGAUGAAUGUAGGCAACACAUCAUCAACCAGACAACCACCAUGUACUGUGACCCAAGUUGAAGGGACCAAGUUAGUAUUAGGAAUGGCUUUAGUUUGGCUAGUUUCUCUUAUUCCUAGCACCAUUUGGGCUCAAAUUAACACUCUUUUCGUCAAGCAAGGAACAACUCUUGACCGAACCCUAGGCAAUAUUCAAAUCCCUGCUGCAUCUCUUGGGAGUUUCGUGACGUUUUCAAUGCUUGUCUCUGUUCCAAUGUACGACCGGUACUUCGUUCCCAUGAUGAGACGGAGAACUGGAAAUCCUAGAGGAAUCACACUGCUCCAACGACUUGGAACAGGUUUUGUUAUCCAAAUUGUAGCUAUUUUUGUAGCGUAUGCUGUGGAACUUAAGAGGUUACACAUUAUAAAGGUAUAUGGGAUAACUUCUGCAAAAGACACCAUCCCCAUGAGCAUUUUUUGGCUGAUGCCACAAUACGUACUUCUAGGGAUUGCAGAUGUAUUUAAUGCGAUUGGGUUGCUAGAAUUCUUUUACGAUCAGUCGCCUGAAAACAUGCAGAGUCUUGGAACAAGUUUUUUUACAAGCGGGAUCGGUGUUGGUAAUUUUUUGAACAGCUUUCUAGUGACAAUGGUGGAUAGAGUAACAAGUAGGCAUGGAAAGAAAAGCUGGAUUGGGAAGAACUUAAAUGAGUCUCAUUUGGAUUACUAUUACGGUUUCCUUAUGGUAAUAUCUGUACUCAAUUUAGGCGCCUAUCUUUGGGUAUCAAAGAAAUAUCAAUACAAGAAGGAGACUAGUGCGGAUAAUGAGGUUGAAGAAAAGGGAAGUUCAGGUGGUGCAGGAAUUCAAAUGGAAAGUGUUAAAGAUCUUGAUAUGCAUAACAACACUGCAGCGUUUUCAGUUGAGGCGGUGCCACUAUAGGUUUAAUUAGCGUUAAGCAUGUAAUUAAAGUACCAAUUAUGUGUAUACUAGUUAAGUCUAAUUGUUAGUAAUUCAUCAAAUGAAAGUUUUUUUCCAAAGCCA